ACCGAAUUCUCUAGUUGCCCAGCCAAUUUCUACUUUCUACCAUCGUCAAUAUCCUCCCUUACCUUCAACCACAUCUAUGCACGAAUGUGGGAUUCAAACACGAAUCUACAACUUGGCACGGGUUAUUUUGGAAAAGAUACCCUUCCCGCCAAGUCAUAUCCGAAAUCCAGGUCUCGUUUAAUCAACUUCUCGUAUAUUGCGUUAAAUGACACGGAUAUGUCAUGGAAUGAGUGGUACAAUGCCGCAAAAAUGCUGGGCUUUAUGCUAUCGUGUCAAGGCCAGGUCAGUGUGCAUGUUGUGGUU